GCCGCCCACGACCGGCCCGCCUCUGGACCGCCGGUCGGCGCUUCAGGCCUCGCGGCCCUACACCGUGAUACAAGACACUAUCAGGGGUCAGCAGCGUCGUGGUGCAACCGAGGCGGUGCAGAUCCCACAAAGCUUGCAAGUUCAUCGCAGGGUUCAUGGCAUGGACGUGCAGCAGAGUGGGACCAUCAGUUGUGCCAUGAUCGACGCUGGCAAAAACAAGGACUCGACCGGCUGUGGGGUGCAGGGGUUUCGGGGGUUGAGUCGAACUUACAGCUUUGGGGUUUAG